UGCACUGGACGCCUACAUAGGCCCUGUGAAUGCCGAGGUGGCAAAAACCCGUCGCCUCUCCCCGCGUCAGAGCGUGGGCGAUCCUGGGAUACUUCCACGGUUCCAUGGGAGACAUGGCGAAUUAUGAGGAGUACCUGAAGCUUUCAGGCUCCUUCUUGAUUGAUUCCAUGCAGCAAGGGUCAACUGACAUGCUGCCAGCGGGAUUCGCAGAGAUCGUCAGUCAGAAGGACACUGUCCAGGUGUACUCUGGACAUCUAGACGCUGCGGGUAUCGAGUCGUUGGGCACCCUUCGUCAAGAUGCUCCGCAGAUCAAGCCAGCUGCAUGCGAAGGAGACUUAUAUCGGUAUGUUGCCCAGUCGCAUGCGGCGUUCGAGCAAGUUGUCUUCGAGAGAGCUUGUCAGAACAGUGCGACGCGCAGACAUCCGAAAGAAGACGAGCCUUGCGAAGACAACGGAGGCGGUGCUAUUCCACACGGGAGCGCCCCCCAAGCGGAAGAGGUGUCUGAUACUAUGGUGGCUGCCCUAAAAAAUGGCCUCAUGGACUUCGAACACCUACAAGAAACAGCCGAUCGACCAAACAUUCGCACGGGCGUCGGCGGUCUCCUCAUCAACAUAACCCUGGCAUUUCAAAAAGCAGUAAAUGGGGAUGCGGCUGGAGCGCUAAAGAGGUUCGGGCACUGCAUCGAGGUAUUCGAGCGGUACCCUGGCUUGUGCCGGUACAGGAUAUUAUGGUGUCACCUUGCACACGGAAUCCUCGGGUCCCUAGCAGCGAUUGACGACUCCAGAGCUCGGGGACUGUAUUCUCGGUUGCGAGAGGUCUACAAUCCGUCCCGGCUGUCUUCCUCUCUGCCAGCGCCACCUUUGGAGGAGUGGCGUGGGAUAUCUGCAUUCUGCGAUCAUUUCCUAUGCAGGAUAUUCGAGGGUGUUAUCGCGAGACAAGCAUUGAGUGUUUUCUCCACCCAGCCCCUCUGCGCUCGCAGCGGCGCAGGCUCACAAGGCACGGAAGAUAAUCUGCAGACUGUUGAAUACGAGCACCGUAGCAGCAUCGGGUCGGCGGGUGUCACUCCCGAGGAUGCUACCGGCUCGAUCAUGGUUGCCUCUUGCAGCAACGCAAACAAACCAAUGGCAUGUACUAGCUCGUGGGAAUCGCACCAAGAGCCUGCGUCGCAAAUGAGUCUGCCGGUCGGACCGAGCGUGUUUCCUUUGAAUGUCCACUCCGAACCGGUCAAGGGAGGCACAAGUGAUGAUACUGACGUGUUGAGUGGUGCGAUCGAGGGAUGUGGCAGUGGUGGUGUAAUUGCUGGCUCGGUGCCCCACGUGCCCGAUAUGCCCUUGACAUCGCCGGGGUUGAGAGAGGUGGACGGGACCACAACCGGGGAUGAUGUUCUUACCGCAUCAGACUGGCUGGAUAUUUCUCAGGCCAUGAUGGAUGCAGGUGAAGACAAAGAUGCGGCGCUUCGAUGUUGACGAUUUUCAUUUUCUUGUAUCAACCUCUUGAUGCGGGUCGUAUGCAUAGUUCUUGGAUCUCCUAAGGAGUACGUGUGAGCUGCUGUCUCGCAUGUUGGUAGAACAAUACACUGGAUAAUGGUCGAGCUACGGCGGAUUUGUCCCCAGUUGCCGGAAGAGUCAGUGACACUCACGCAGCCACGGCAAGGGUAGUACACAGAGGCACGAGAACGCCGCCCGUCUCUACAUACUCAAGUUUCACAUGCAUGCACACAUUUCCUCAUCAGGUGCCCUCUCGUAGUGUAUUUUCAUUCUAUAUGGUCACGUUGUUUUUUGUCGUUUUU